AUGUCUGAAGCAUCCCAGAGCCCGCCCACCACCGCCCAAACCAGCACUGGCAGCCGUCGCCGGAGCUCGGGUCUCAUGCCUGCCUUUGAGGGUCUGCAAAAUCAGAAGCGUAGUAGCGACGCCAACCUUGCCCGUCGACAGUCAUUGUCCGACCAAGGGCCCAAGCCUGGCUUCUUCGGAACAUUCUUCCACAAUAACUUCGGCCGUAAUGCGAAGUGA